AUGGAGUCCUACGACAUCAUCGCCAACCAGCCCGUGGUCAUCGACAACGGCUCCGGAGUGAUCAAGGCUGGCUUUGCAGGAGAUCAGAUUCCCAAAUACUGUUUCCCAAACUAUGUCGGGCGCCCAAAGCACAUGCGGGUGAUGGCCGGAGCCCUGGAGGGGGACCUCUUCAUUGGACCAAAAGCAGAGGAGCACCGCGGGCUGCUGGCUCUGCGCUACCCCAUGGAGCACGGCGUGGUGCGGGACUGGAAUGACAUGGAGCGCAUCUGGCAGUACGUCUACUCCAAGGACCAGCUGCAGACCUUCUCCGAGGAGCAUCCUGUUCUCCUAACGGAAGCCCCGCUCAACCCGAGCAAGAACCGGGAGAAGGCGGCAGAGGUGUUCUUCGAGACCUUCAACGUGCCGGCCCUGUUCGUCUCCAUGCAGGCCGUGCUCAGCCUGUACGCAACAGGACGCACGACAGGCGUGGUGCUGGACUCGGGGGACGGGGUCACCCACGCCGUGCCCAUCUACGAGGGCUUUGCCAUGCCGCACUCCAUCAUGCGGGUGGACAUCGCCGGCCGCGACGUCUCCCGCUACCUCCGGCUGCUGCUGCGCAAGGAAGGCUUCGACUUCCACACCUCAGCCGAGUUUGAGGUGGUUCGGACCAUCAAAGAGCGAGCCUGCUACCUGUCCAUCAACCCGCAGAAGGACGAGGCGCUGGAGACGGAGAAGGUGCAGUACACCUUGCCGGAUGGCAGCAUGCUGGACGUGGGGCCGGCACGAUUCCGGGCCCCCGAGCUGCUGUUCCAGCCAGACCUGGUGGGAGACGAAAGCGAGGGACUCCACGAGGUGCUGGCCUUCGCCAUCCACAAGUCGGACCUGGACCUCCGCCGGACGCUGUUCGCCAACAUCGUGCUUUCGGGAGGCUCCACGCUGUUCAAAGGCUUUGGCGACCGAUUGCUAAGUGAAGUAAAGAAGCUUGCCCCAAAGGACGUCAAAAUCAAGAUCUCGGCCCCUCAGGAGCGGCUGUACUCCACGUGGAUCGGGGGCUCCAUCCUGGCCUCGCUGGACACUUUCAAGAAGAUGUGGGUCUCCAAGAAAGAGUACGAAGAGGACGGCGCACGUGCAAUUCAUCGCAAAACCUUCUAG